GAGAAAUAGAGAGAGAAAAAAAAAUGGGUGUUUUUAAAGGACUUGUUUUAAAGUUGAUCCACAGAGAUUUUCAUGAAGUGGUUCGAAGGAUGUCGAUGAUCGAUACCUUUCUGUUUCUGAUUGUACAUUCUGUUGAUAAAUUGGGAAUAUGGCAUAAACUUCCUGUGAUUUUAGGGCUACUUUAUCUAGCAACUCGUCGACAUCUUCAUCAAGAAUAUAGCCUGUUCAAUGUAGGGAAAGCCCCACCUGGUGGAGUACGGUUCAAUCCGAAGGAUUUUCCAUACCGAACUGCAGAUGGAAAGUACAAUGAUCCCUUCGAUGAAGAUGCUGGAGCACAAGACACCUUUUUUGGUCGAAAUAUCCAUCCCGUUGAUCAAUCCAAAACGUUGUUGAAACCUGAUCCUAUGGUAGUUGCUACAAAACUUUUGGCAAGAAGAAAGCUUAUUGACACUGGAAAGCAAUUUAACGUGAUUGCUGCUUCUUGGAUUCAAUUCAUGAUUCAUGAUUGGAUGGAUCAUUUGGAGGAUACCAAACAGGAGGUGGAAUUGGUGGCUCCACGUGAAGUAGCAAGUGAGUGUCCAUUGAAAUCGUUCAAAUUCUUCCCCACGAAACAAGUUCCCACGGGCCUUUCAGACAUCAAAACUGGAUCUAUUAAUAUUCGAACACCUUGGUGGGAUGGAAGUGUUUUGUAUGGAAGCAAUGCAGAAAUGUUGGGGAAGGUAAGAACUUUUGAAGAUGGGAAGCUAAAGAUCGACGACGACGGUCUUCUUCCUCACUAUCGUGACGGUGUUGCCAUCUCUGGCGAUGUUCGAAAUAGUUGGGCUGGUGUCUCUACUUUGCAGGCUUUAUUCAUUAAAGAACAUAAUGCCGUUUGUGAUGCCUUAAAGAAGGAAUACACGAAUAUGGGGGAUAAUGAUUUGUAUAGACAUGCAAGACUUGUGACUUCUGCUGUGAUUGCCAAAAUUCAUACCAUUGAUUGGACGGUUGAGCUUCUCAAAACUGACACUUUGCUUGCUGGAAUGAGAGGCAAUUGGUACGGAUUAUUGGGAAAGAAAUUUAAAGACAAAUUCGGACAUGUUGGAGGAGAAAUUUUGGGAGGUUUAGUGGGUUUAAAAAAACCAAAUAAUCACGGUGUCCCAUAUUCCUUGACUGAAGAAUUCACUAGUGUGUAUCGUAUGCAUCCACUUCUACCUGAUGAUUUCUACCUCAGAAAUGUGUAUGCGGAUCCCGAUCACAACAAAUCUCCACCCUUGUCUAAAAAAGUGCCAAUGAGUGAUAUGAUAGGGCACAAAGGAGAAGAGUCCACAAAGAAGAUGGGCUUCACUGCGCUAUUAGUUUCAAUGGGACACCAAGCAAGUGGAGCUCUUGAGCUGUUCAAUUAUCCACUGUGGUUCAGGGAUCUCAUACCCCAUGACAUGGACGGCGAGGAUAGGCCCGAUCACGUUGACCUUGCUGCUCUUGAAGUUUAUAGGGAUAGAGAGAGGAAAGUUGCUCGGUACAAUGACUUUCGUAGGGGAUUAUUUCUUAUUCCAAUCUCCAAAUGGGAAGAUCUUACGGACGAUAAAGAGGCUAUUGAAGUGCUUCGUGAAGUGUACGAUGAUAACGUGGAGGAGCUUGAUAUUCUUGUGGGGUUGAUGGCUGAGAAGAAAAUCAAAGGCUUUGCUAUCAGUGAGACUGCUUUUGUCAUUUUCUUGGUCAUGGCUUCAAGGAGGCUGGAAGCAGACAGCUUCUUCACAUGCUAUUUCAACGAAGGAGCGUACACAAAGAAGGGGUUGGAAUGGGUAAAUACAACAGAGAGUUUAAAAGACGUUAUAGAAAGACAUGAGCCUGAGAUUUCAAAAAAAUGGAUGAACUCAUCAAGUGCUUUCUCUGUUUGGGAUUCUCCUCCUAACAAGCCCAACUAUGUUCCUAUUUACCUUCGUAUUCCUCAUUAAUUGGGGUCUUUUCUUUUGUUUUUUUCACCCUUAUUAUUCAUGGUUGCAUUGCUGUCAUGUUGUUUUUCCAUUUGUUUGCUUUCAUGGUUUAAUGUGAAAUUUAGAUUUUGAUUCUCAUAUUUUCCAAAUAAAAGAAAUUAUAUGUGGUGUUGUUCUUGGUUCUCUA